GCCCGAGCCGGUCAUCCUUUUAAAGACUACAGUAUUGCUUGUGAAACCUAUGGGGAAAAUGGGGAAAUCGGGUUCCAAACGAAAGCAGCAGAGAGCAGCGGCGGCAACGACAACAACGGUGUCUUUGGAUCAAACUGUACAGACGACGAAACCGAAUCGGGAGCAAGGAGGUGAUAUUGUCCUACUCCCCCAGGAAUUUCCGCCCCACCUCCCCAAGCCACCAAGGGGAUCCUUUCUCCGGGACGAAGCCCCUUACCGGGAUUCGUUCGGGGAGGCCCUUAGCGGCCCGUACGAAGGCUUUGCUGUGGACGAUGCCAAGGAGCUAUCUCUGCCCUGCGAAGGCGACAACACGGGUAUACACGAAGAAAUCGUCUUGUCUUCCCUGGAAACCAUGGAAGGAGAAGGGAUCUUUCGAACCGACGUCACGCAGCCCUUUGGCCUUGGCACGAAAUGUGCCAAAACGUACGUAACGCGUUGUCUUGUGGGGGAAAGAGGCACCACGUACAAAUACCUGGGACUAAGAAUGUUUGCGCACCCCUGGACGGACGGCAGCGAGGAGGCGGCCGACGACCGGGGCGGUAAGAAGCGCAAACGCCGCAAACGAGCCCAGGGCUGCGAUGCAAAGGUCGACCAAUUGAACCAGGCCUUCGACGAAGCCAAAACCACGUCCACCAUCCAAGAACUCGGAAAGUCGCUGACGAUGCGUACCGCAAACCACCUGCGGGAUCUAGACCAAAGACGGCGGCAGCGAAGGGCACCUGCGACCAGGGGGAGACCGAACUUUGACAUUUGUUUGAUCAAUCGAAUGGAAUCGAGCCCAGAUCUGAAGCCCUACAAUUUCGGCGUCGGAGAACACAACAACAAGAGCAGCAGGAGUGGCAAGAACGAAGGCAAUGGAACCAAGACCUCCGUCAGCUGGCACGCCGACUCGAGCCUGGAGCAUUAUUCAACGAUCGCCGUUUACCAAACGUUACUGGGAGGGUGCAGAACCGGCAACGACAAAAGCAAAUCCAAAGCGACCAAGAAAAACAGCGACGAGGGCAAGUGGUGGGUGGCACUCCGCGUCGCCCACCACUCGGAGGGGCCACAGGCCUCGCAGCGGAGGCGGGGCUCGACGACCGAAGCCUCGAUCGUCGAAGAUACUCCACCUAUUGCCGUGAGCCUGCCAUCCGGAUCGGCGUAUUAUCUGCUGGACGAUUUCAAUCACCACCACCAGCACACAGUGCUGACAACCGGGGACGCGGCCACCGCUGGUGUGCGAUACUCCUGUACCUUUCGAUUGCUGCGGGAUUCGCACAACGUUAGGGAUUGGAUCGAUCGCGGCAAUGCCGCCAUCCGGCAAUUCCACAAAAAGGGACCCAAGCUGUGGAGGUCCGAGCAACUGCUGCUGACGGAAAUCGAGUCGGAAUGGAUACGGCAAUUUUACAUCCAGGGAACGGGUCACCAUAAAUUGCUCUGGGAACCCUAUUGGAAAAAUCCGAUGAAGGAACUCCUCUCGAUUUGGAGCCAGCUAGAGGCAAGAACGAAACAAACCAUGGAUCUUUUGCGAGCAGCGGCCGAGGGAAAAUGCGGUUUGGAUGCAGGUAAUGGCACCGAAACGAAGCCGACCAAGGCGGAGCGCAAGGCGAGGGAUCGUCGAAGGAAAGCCCUUGGCACCAUCCGGGAUCUCGUUUCGAGGAUCCACAUCCACAACGAUGACGAGACAGUAACGGAGCUCUACCUACCGUUUGCCGAGCUCUUGGAAGCACGAGCCGCGAUGAGAGAGCUCUGGGGGAAGCGAGAAAAGGACCAUGUCUUUCACGAGAUGCCACCCGAUUGCAGGCCGAUGGAAGUCCCGCUCCGGUUUGGGGACCAAACCGCGGCCCAUAGAUCCAGCGGUGCUGCGGAGAGAGAUGGAUCCACCGGAAACUCUCCCCUUCCCGCUUCCCCGGCCGAGCUCCGUGAACUGGCCAAACAGCUCGCUAGGUGUGGCAAGGCCUACCGAGAGGGCAACGCGGCUCUGCUGCCGCCUCCCUGGGACACGGACGAGCGAAAACCACCGAGCCCGACACCAUCUAUCGAAAAGAAGGACGGCUCGCCACGUGAUCACCACGCAAAACCGAUGGACUGGCCCGGGUGGGACGCCGAUGGAACCACCUUUGGCUUGGAGCUGCAGCAACCAUGGGCGGGCUUCGUGGCCAAUGGGAAGAAGGCCAUCGACGUGCGAUCGUACGCUCUCCCGCCAGCGCUCCUCGGAAAGAAGGUCAUGAUCAUCGAGUCCGCCUCCGGCAGGGCGGGGGUCAGCGCCCUGGGAAACCGCUUGCGCUUGACCGGUGGUGGCACCACCAGGGUCAUUGGCUGGUGCGUCUUCUCGUCGGUGAAAGCGUACGAGACGGGUGCCGCCUUCCGGGCGGACGAACGGCUGCACCUCGUCGCUCCGGACAACCCGUACGGAUGGAAGGACGGAACGACCAAGAACGCGUUUGGGUGGGUGGUCGGGGAGCACCAUCGCUUCGGGGAGUCGUCGCCGGCACCUUCCGGUGCCGCCGCGAUGGGUUCGGGGAUUCGGCGCUUCCGAUCUCUGUUCCAGCUCGCAGCGGAAGAGGGAGUGGAACCGAACCCAGCCAGGGAGAAGAAAAACAACUCGAAACGGAGCAGCGCAACCCGAAAGAAGAAACCCAACGGGAGGAAGAAGCGCAAGAGAUUCUAGCAAACGGGGGAAAGGCCUGGAGACAGCGCUGCUGUAGCAGUGGCAAACUUGUGGGCCGGCCACCAUCGCGUUGCUUGUCGGUCCGAAAGCAUUUGGUUACCAUUAGCAAAUGCUGUGGAUUACUUCAACAAUUUAAAAAUUGCUUGCUAAUUAUUAUACCAUUGUACUACACAUACAUUCACGAUCGUCCAUACGAUCGAUGCGGUCCUGCAUUGUGCAGUGUUGGCGCUGGUCGUGCAUCCAUCUGCCAAGUUUUGGACUGUCCUUGUGUCGUGCUGGUACCCGAGAUGAUCCAUUUUCUUUGUUGUACAGUAAAAAACCUCAAGUGCG